GGGCCCUGAGCGGCCGCCCGCUUCCGCGAGCUCGCUGCUCGGCCGCCGGCGCGCACCCGCUCUCGGGCUCGCGCUCUCGGAAGGGGCGCGCCCCGCGCUCUCCCGGCGCCGCCCACUCCCCUCCCGGCGGCCGCUCCUCCCUCGGCCCGGAGAGCCGGCGGCGGCGGCGGCGGCCGGGAGAGGCCCCUCCUUCACGCCCUCCUUCUCUCCCUCGCUCGCAGCCGAGCGGAGCCGGCUGGGCCCGGGAGCGUCCCCGAGCCAUGGCCGGCAACGUGAAAAAGAGCUCUGGGGCCGGGGGCGGCGGCGGCUCCGGGGGCUCGGGCUCGGGCGGCCUGAUCGGGCUCAUGAAAGACGCCUUCCAGCCGCACCACCACCACCACCACCACCUCAGCCCCCAUCCGCCGGGCGCCGUGGACAAGAAGAUGGUGGAGAAGUGCUGGAAGCUCAUGGACAAGGUGGUGCGGUUGUGUCAGAACCCAAAGCUGGCGCUAAAGAACAGCCCACCCUAUAUCUUAGACCUGCUGCCAGACACCUACCAGCAUCUCCGGACUGUCUUGUCAAGAUAUGAGGGGAAGAUGGAGACACUUGGAGAAAAUGAGUAUUUUAGGGUAUUCAUGGAAAAUUUGAUGAAGAAAACUAAGCAGACCAUAAGCCUCUUCAAGGAGGGGAAGGAAAGAAUGUAUGAGGAGAAUUCUCAACCUAGGCGAAACCUCACCAAGCUGUCCCUGAUCUUCAGCCACAUGCUGGCAGAGCUGAAAGGCAUCUUUCCAAGUGGACUCUUCCAAGGAGACACGUUUCGGAUCACGAAAGCAGACGCUGCUGAAUUCUGGAGAAAAGCUUUUGGGGAAAAGACCAUCGUCCCCUGGAAGAGCUUUCGACAGGCUCUCCAUGAAGUGCAUCCCAUCAGCUCCGGACUGGAGGCCAUGGCUCUCAAAUCUACCAUUGACCUGACCUGCAAUGAUUACAUUUCAGUGUUUGAGUUUGACAUCUUUACGCGACUCUUUCAGCCCUGGUCCUCCUUGCUCAGGAACUGGAACAGCCUUGCUGUGACGCAUCCUGGCUACAUGGCUUUCCUGACCUAUGAUGAAGUGAAGGCACGGCUCCAGAAAUUCACUCACAAACCGGGCAGUUACAUCUUCCGGCUGAGCUGCACUCGUCUGGGUCAGUGGGCUAUCGGAUAUGUCACUGCCGACGGGAACAUCCUCCAGACAAUCCCUCACAACAAACCUCUCUUCCAAGCACUGAUCGAUGGCUUCAGGGAAGGCUUCUAUUUAUUUCCUGAUGGACGAAAUCAAAACCCUGACUUAACAGGCUUAUGUGAACCAACUCCCCAGGACCACAUCAAGGUGACCCAGGAACAAUACGAAUUAUACUGUGAGAUGGGCUCCACGUUCCAGCUGUGCAAAAUCUGUGCCGAGAACGACAAGGACGUGAAGAUCGAGCCCUGUGGGCACCUCAUGUGCACAUCCUGUCUGACCUCCUGGCAGGAAUCCGAAGGUCAGGGCUGCCCUUUCUGCAGAUGUGAGAUUAAAGGUACUGAGCCCAUUGUGGUGGAUCCGUUUGACCCUAGAGGAAGUGGCAGCCUGUUGAGGCAAGGAGCAGAAGGAGCUCCCUCCCCGAACUAUGACGACGAUGACGAUGAACGAGCUGAUGAUUCCCUCUUCAUGAUGAAGGAAUUGGCUGGUGCCAAGGUGGAGCGACCUCCGUCUCCGUUCUCCAUGGCCCCACAAGCUUCCCUUCCCCCAGUGCCACCACGACUUGACCUUUUGCAUCCUCGAGUGUCUAUUCCUCCAAGUGCUUCUGGCCUUGGCACUGCUUCGAAGGCUGCCUCUGGCUCGUUGCACAAGGACAAACCGCUGCCAAUACCUCCCACACUGCGAGAUCUUCCGCCACCACCGCCUCCAGACCGGCCCUAUUCUGUUGGAGCAGAAACCCGACCUCAGAGACGCCCCCUGCCCUGUACACCAGGCGAUUGUCCGUCCAGGGACAAGCUGCCCCCUGUCCCCUCUAGCCGCCUUGGGGACUCAUGGCUGCCCCGGCCAAUCCCCAAAGUACCGGUAGCUGCCCCAAGCCCCAGUGACCCCUGGACAGGAAGAGAAUUAACCAACCGGCACUCACUCCCAUUUUCCUUGCCCUCACAAACGGAGCCCAGGGCAGAGGUUCCCAGGCUUGGAAGUACAUUCAGUCUGGAUAUUUCCAUGAAUGUGAACAGCAGCCCCCUGGCAGGUCCAGAGUGUGAACACCCCAAAAUCAAGCCGUCUGCAUCUGCCAACGCCAUCUACUCUCUGGCUGCCAGACCUCUUCCUGUGCCCAAACUGCCGCCUGGGGAACAGGGUGAGAGUGAGGAGGACGCAGAGUAUAUGACUCCUUCCUCGAGGCCUGUGGGACUUCAAAAGCCAGAGCCGAAACGGCCUUUGGAGAUGACCCAGAGUUCAUGGACAUGUGACGGUGACGAGCAGAUCGAUAGCUGCACGUACGAAGCCAUGUAUAACAUCCAGUCCCAAGUGCCAUCCGUCCCUGAGAGCAGCACACUGGGUGAAGGGACUUUGGCGGCAACCCCGGCCAACCCUGGCCCCGAGGAAUCAGAAAACGAGGACGAUGGGUACGAUGUCCCCAAGCCGCCUGUGCCGGCAGUGCUGGCCCGCCGCACUCUCUCAGACAUCUCGAAUGCCAGCUCCUCCCUUGGCUGGUUGUCUCUGGAUGGUGACCCCACAACAAACUUCACUGAGGGUUCCCAGGUUCCUGAGCGCCCCCCUAAACCGUUCCCCCGGAGAAUCAACUCUGAGCGGAAAGCAGGCAGCUGUCAGCAGGGCGCCAGUGCCGCGGCCGCCUCGCCUCAGCUCUCCAGUGAGAUCGAGAGCCUCCUGAGCCAGGGGUACUCCUACCAGGACAUUCAGAAAGCCUUGCUCAUCGCCCACAACAACAUCGACAUGGCCAAAAACAUCCUCCGGGAGUUCGUGUCCAUCUCUUCUCCCGCCCACGUGGCCACCUAGCACAUGGCUCCCCGCUGCACUCCAGUGGGCGUGUGAGCUGGGUGCUCUUCUCGAGGGCACCUGGGAGGGCAGAGGCUCCUUUGGAGGCUCCACCAGGAGGUCUUGCCCUCCUGGUGGGGCAUCACGUCCGUGGUUCCGAGAUUUCAACGCCGUGGAAUGAGAACGGAGCAGCUAGUGUGUUUCAUUGUAUUGGCCUGAGAGCGCAUGGCAGGUGUCCUUCAGCCCCGCGCCGAGAGUGGAUUUUCAUUAUGUGGCAGCCUUCCUGGGGAGCAGUCCAGAAAACAGACCAAGUGUGUGCCGUCAGUCCUGACUGAGGACCUACGACUUUCCUGGGUUAAGGAUGUAGCCUCGUGUCUGUCCGUCUGUCUGUCUCUGUUGUCUGUGGUCUGUGUGUAUCCUGUGAUGAUGAGGUUAACCUGCUGUGUGUGUUAAUCCCAAGAAAGGAAUUAGCACAAGGUAGGGAGGAGUCUUUUAAAGACUCCUAUCUCCUGUGGUAUGCAGCCCAGCCCUAGUGUGUGUUGCAGCUUCAACACUCCUGUUGGCUUAGAUGGUCAAGUGAGUAGCUAACGUCUUCUGUUUGUAGAACACCCUCCCUCUGUCCUUUCCCGACAGCUCCUCCUUCCUCGGUGUUCUGUCCUUGGCAGUGGGCUUGCUGUGACCAGCCUGACCAAAGCCGGGCAGCUUAUGGGGUGUUGUGUUAUGCUGUGUGGUGGCGGUGGCUUGUUCGAUAGUUUGGUGGGGGGAUGCACUGUUGCUGUAUCGUGGUAGUCGUGUUUGAUGCCAGCAGCUCACACUGGUCACUCCAAAGCGCUAUCUGUAGGAACAUUGUUCACGGAAGAUGUUUUAAUUAUCCUAAUUGCAUAAUAACUGAUUGGAGAUAGAGGCCUUCAGAUACAUUCCAUGUCCUCCCCAGAACACAGUCUGUGGGAGUUGUUGCCUUGGUGCCAGCCGCGUGUUCUGGUGUAGGUCGUGAGUUUCCGCUUCGUGGGAAGGGAACGCUGUCCCCAGGAUGACUUUCUGGCCCGGACGCCACGAAGUUUCUCGGAAGCUUUAUCGCAUGCUGUUCAGAUGCACGCGUAGACAGUGAGGGUUCACCUGCUCAGUUUUUCUUCUGAUCUGAGUGUGUGUCUCCUCUGACCGUGAGCCAGAUUAGAUUUCAGAAGUGGGGUUGUCCCCGUUAAGGAGUUGGGGUCCCGCCUGUGGCUCUGGGACUGUCACCUGUCACCUCCUCUCUUCACCGCAGGCCCGUGGACGUCUGCCCUGUCCACCACUGUGUUUCGCACAGUAAACAGAUGACAUUCGGUGGAAUAAAGUACUGUAGUGAGAGACAGUGAGGGCGAAGCUGGCUGUGUGACUGCAGCUUCCUGAAGAAGACCCCUGUCCAGUGGCAGGAUCGCUAGUCGGCCCCUGUAGACACUGCCAAGCAGCCCCUCGCGUUCCUCCACCCUGUGGCCGCGGGCUCUGCUGCCUCCCCUCGCAGCGUGUGACCUGCUCCUCGCCGGCGGCUGGUCUGCUCUGUGACAAGUCUGCCUGCCUCGCGGUCCCAGCCGCACUUCGCCUCUAGAUCCCAUCUGCAAGGUGCCUCCUGAGCGCAGCCGUCUCUCAGGCUGUCGGCUCCAGCACCAGGCACUUUCCCUACUUUUCUCCUGGUGCAGCUGCUGCCCUGUCUUUGGGUUUUUGCCUCUGGCCUCACAGGCGCUUUGAUUCCCGAUCAGCGGUACAGGACCUCGUACCAAUUGCCAUGGUUACCCAGUGUCUCCUCUACAUGGCAGGAAACAUGGUGUGCCAGCCGGGCCUCCUGAAGUGUGGCUGGGGGUGGGAACUGGGGAGGUGGCAGCGAAUAAGGACUACUAUAGUGGGGAGGGUAUGGGGUUAGCCCCUUAGUCUCUGUCCUAACAGUAUCUGGGCUGAGUAAUUUAGAAAGAAAAGAGGAGGGGCCAGCACGGUGGUAUAGUGGGUUAAGUCGCCACCUUUGAUGCCCACAUCCCAUGUGGGCGCUGGUUCAAGGCCCAGCUGCUCCACUUCCCAUCCAGCUCUCUGCUAUGGCCUGGGAGAGCAGUAGAAGAUGGCCCAAGUGCUUGGCCCCUGCACCCACGUGGAGGACCUGGAAGAAGCUCCUGGCUCCUGGCUUCGGCCUGGCCCAGCCCUGGCUGUUGCAAGCCGUUUGGGGAGUGAGCCAGCAGAUGGAGGAUUCCCCCACCCCACCCCUGUAACUCUGCCUUUCAAAUAAAUAAAUCUUUAAAAGAAAGAAAAGAGGGUACUGGGCUCACAGUUUUGGAGGUUCCAGGGCGUGGCACCACCGUUGACUCAGCACUGGCAAGGCUCUCGUGGCAGGUGGUAUCCCAGUGUCAGUAGUGUGUCCUGGUGUGGGAGACGACAGGGAGCCAGAGACCAGAGACAAGCCAGGCGUGCGCUGCUCACAGCCUGUUGCCAAGCACCAACCAAGGCUAUGGGAGGGUGGCCCCAGUUCCUCAGCCCCACCUCUUCCAGCCCCCCCGCCACCUGCUCGCAGCCACACUGGGGACCUCGGGGUCAGAGCACAUCCAAGGCAACCACCAGCUGCUUCCAGACGCUGCCGCGGUGGCAGAGUUAAGGUGAAAUCCAGUCAUGCCAGAAAACAGCACCGGCUUCCAGUCCAGCUGUACUGUAAUUUUUCCUUCUGAGUAGGUUUUGCCCACCAUCUAAAGAUUUAUCAAGAACAGAAAGUGCCUGGUCGUAUCACUGCUGCCUUGUUGAGUGUGUCCCGCUCUGCUGAGAUUCCGUGCGUGUGCUGCAGCCUAGGAGCAGCCUCACUGUGUCCUUCCGGUCCCCGUUGCCACCUGAGCCAGUCCUGAGACAGGGCCCGGUGCUGGGCUGCACGUGAGCCCCUCUGCGGGGUGUGUCUGCAGCCGUUCGAGGGUCAGGCCCGUGUCCCGGGGUCUUCGGCUGCUCCCAGGGCACACCUGCGCCGUGGAGGCGAGUCUCGGAGAGUCCACGUGGCUCUUGUUUCGAGGGUGUUCUCAGAGCGACGUUUUCCUUGGGCUCAGCACCAGUAGCCCAUUCUUCAUGCUCCAUUUGGUGGUUAUCAGUUCUGUGGCUCUGCUGUGAAUUUAGGUUUUAUUUUGAGUUUUUCCAUGUUUGUCCCUUGCACCCUCCUAAUUGAAAAUGUGGGGAAAAAAAAGUCUUCCUCUUUCUCAGAUUCAUCCCUCUGUUUCACCUGCACCUGUUGCUGCUCGGCCUGUGUCUUCCUGGAUUCUUCCACAGCCCCGUGGCCCGGCUGUGCUCCACCCGCCAGCUGCCCUUCCCUCCCUCCGCUAAACUGAAGGUUUUGGGAAGUGGGGAAACCUGCUGGCUCCGCCACGCAGCUCCCACCAGUUAGGUCACAGACUGGGCGGUUCACCGUCAGUGUUUGUUCUUGCUGCUCGCUCCCUGCCAGGGCCCUGUUCUUCUGUGGCCGCCCCCAGCCCCACUCUGCAUUCUGCCCUUUUCUGUCCCCUUUCUCCUGGGCUCCAGGACGCACCACCUGGGGCUGGCUCUCUUGGUAUCAUUUAGCUGUUCCGUGGACUCUGUGUUCUCGAGUGGGGGAUUGCCAUUCUUCGACUUAUAAUGUUGGUUUCCCCUAUGGGAAGGUAAAGUCCGUUUAUGGUCUGAGCAGCAAACUUGGAAACGAAGUUCUGUAAUACACUUGCUUGCAAACCAGGGGCCAGCACUGUGUUCCCCCGAGGCAGCGCUCACAAGAUGGAGUCCUUUUGUAGGAGGUGGGUGGUAGGUUAAUGCAGUCUUCUCCUAGCUCGCAGCAUGGUAGUCGGGCUUCCAGGUUUAAGUCCCGGCUCGCCGCCGGCCUUUCUGAUUCUGGAGCGGCCUCUGCCCAUUGAGGAACAGCGCUUUACCAUCGACCAGGCUGUAACGGUUUGUUCAUUCUUCACAGCGUGCUGGAAAUGCCAGCUCUGUGUUCUUGCCCGCCACCACAGGGGAUUGCACCUGGGCGGCCCAGCACUUGCAUUUGGUCCUAAAAUAGUGUGUAGUCUUAGGCACAGCUUUUGCCUGGGCUGAGCUAUCCUGGGUAACAUCCGUCUGAGACCCCCUUCAGCCCCUGUUCUCCUGGAGUCAGUCUUGUGCCCCCCCCCCAUCUUUGUCUUCUGGUGGAAGCCAUGUGGUGGGUUGAGGGGCAUGCUGGCUUAAAAUUGCACCACAGGACAGUAACCGUUUAAACAAAGCACCUGCCCGCAGUUCCCUUUCCUACCUAGUGCCUUCCUGGGUCUUUUUUGGUGGGCUGAUGGUGUCCCAAAUCCCUCUCAUUGGAAAGGUUUCCCUACGCCCCCUCUGGGACCUGUCACUGCCUCCUGUGUUCUUGGGAAUUUGUUUCCCAAGCCAUGACCGGACUUUGCAGCUGAUCCUGUGUCCUUGAAGGGACGGACAGAGUGGGGGAGGGGUGGGCAGCGGUCUGCAGGUCCUGGUCUUCAGUCAGGUGUUUGUUUUCCGAGGACCAGACAGUAAGAAGGUUGAGCUGGUCAGUUCUCACCGUGCCAGCCUGUUCUCCCAGAGUAGGGAGUCCGCGACCCCAGCGCUAAGUGCCAGCGCCGUUCAUCAUUCUGCCAGACUGUAAAGCUUUGGACAGUCGCCCUAAGGUGUGCGGACUCGGCCGGAAGCGCUGCUCUCACUGCUUGGAGCUCAGCCCACCUUGGAGUCUUCCUUGGAGAGUGUGCGCGCGGCAGCUUAGUGCACCGGGGAGGGCGGGCGGCGGAAGAAGGUUGAGGCUGCAUUUUUGACCAUCCUGCUUAGGGAUCCUUUGGGUAGCAGACACAGAAACACUCCAGCUAAAGAAAGGAGAGGGUCAUCAUUAGGUUGCACGCUAUUGCCCGGCGCCCAGGACAAGCGGUGCCAGGUUGCCCCCUGGCCCUUUACCCUGGGCCACAGCUUACUAGGGGCAUGUGUAGCCCCCGGACAGGCACCCCAGACCCUAAGUCCACGUGACCUUCCAGCUUGAGGGAUCCCCAGGUGUCUGUCCCUGGCCAGUGGGGGACAGGACAGCCACAGCAUGGGUGGACAGCCACCAGCUCCCUGGGAGGAUUUCUGUGGUGGUACAGCUGCUGUUCUGCUUUUGUGAGAGUGGGAGUGCCUAGGCUGCGGAGACUGACUGAAUCCUGGUCACCACCGCUGUUUCCUGUUUUUCUUCCUUUUCUGAGUCUUGACAUCCAGUUUCUUUGCCGCCUCUUCAGAAGCAGUGCGUCCUGCCCCGUGCUGGGUGUCCUGCCUCCACACAGCCUCAGGGCUUCCGCUUCUUGCUGGCUAGAGAGCAGAUCCUUGUUCCAUUGCGCUCGGUGCAUGUGGGCUCCUGGCGCAGGGAGCCCUGCAAUGCAGGCCUGGGCCAGCCAGGAAGAAGGUAGAGUAGCUGGGCCAGUUACCGGGAUGGACAUUUUUUUUUUUUUUUUUGACAGGCAGAGUGGACAGUGAGAGAGAGACAGAGAGAACGGUCUUCCUUUUAAGCCGUUGGUUCACCCUCCAAUGGCCGCCGCGGCCGGCACACCACGCUGAUCCGAAGCCAGGAGCUAGGUACUUAUCCUGGUCUCCCAUGGGGUGCAGGGCCCAAGCACUUGGGCCAUCCUCCACUGCACUCCCGGGCCACAGCAGAGAGCUGGCCUGGAAGAGGGGCAACCGGGACAGAAUCGGCACCCCGACCGGGACUAGAACCCGGUGUGCCAGUGCCACAAGGCGGAGGAUUAGCCUAGUGAGCCGCGGCGCCGGCCACCGGGAUGGAAAUUAAAUAUGAAUCCCAGGUUAGAGGAGAGUUCGCACCCAGGGCUCUUUCGACAAGCUGCCUGUGUCUUCCACGUCUGAUCGAUCUCUUAGUCCUAUAUUGAAGCUUAACGCUUUUCUCUUGAGUUUUUUAGAAUAUGCUUCUGCUGGCCUGAACCAUUUCAUCUCAUUUAUCUCAUCGUCGAGCCUGUCUGGAGUUGUAGGGCAUUGCUUCCUGCCUUGUUUCCAGCAUUUUAAAACCACUAGAGUUAUAAGGUACACCCAAAGGCACCCCGAUCACCCAGAGACGCACACUGGGGCUCGGCAGGGAGGGCGGCGCGGGCUGCCGGGAGUGUGCUGUUCAGGUUUAGGCACCCACAUGCAGGGGCCGCCGUGCCCCAGCAGUGCCGUGUGCCUUCACCGGGCCCGGGAAGCCCGCUGCUUGGUUCUGGAAAGUAGCACAAGUUUGGGGUGGAGAGAGCAAGCCCAGUGCGGUGGAUGGAAAGCCCCGUGUGGGAGGGAGGGCCAGCUGUUGACCCCCGGGACAGCUGUGUGGGGCGCAGGAGAAGAAUGUGGCUGGCCACGCCUGUGUGUGCAAAGCCGCGGCCACAGGCCAAGCUCACAUCUCCUACCGACUUGGCCAUGGGAUAGAUGGGCAGAGUUCUCUCACCAGGGCCUGUGCCCCACCCCCAAGUCGCUCUGCGCUCCUUCAGGCUCCCAGGUCUGCCUCCUACCCCGGGUCUCGCACCACCUCCACGCACAGGCCCCGAAGUGGGGUGCACUGGGUGCCUCCGCGUGGGUUCCUGCCUCCCGCUCCCCUUCCGAGCCUGCCUGGGCGAGGGUCGCCACAUCUGUGUUGCCUCCCACGGCCCCCAGGAGUCGGCGCCUCCAGACCAGUGGCUGUGCCUGGCAGAGGAGAGCCUGGCUGCCAGCUGGGUGGCGGCGGGCCUGGCAGCUGUGAGGUGCCUCCUCCAUCUGCCUUCUGCCCGUGGAGACUGGGGAUUUUUAACCUUAUAUAUCUUUUUCCUUUAUUCAAAACAAAACAAUUUUUAGCACACUAAAAAAAAAAAAAAAAAAGCCAAACGUUUUGUGCCUUUCUAAGGCAGCACUGUGUCCCAGGCUGCAUUUUAGGACUUAAUAUGGAGAUGGCCGUGGCUGCACGCCUCUACCUUGAGUGCCAUCAGCCCCUAGGGGCCGGGGCCGGGAGGGGGCGCUCUCGGUGACUGGAGGGGCACACCCAGGGGCAGGCUGCUGGCGGUCCCCCGCCCCUGCCCGCUGCUGAGGAAGGAAGGAAGCCCCGUGCCCAGGGAGGGAGCAGCUGGCGGGUGUGGUCAGAGGCUUAGUCCCCAGCUCCAGUGCUCUGCCUGCACAGCUCCCGGCCUCCUGGCCGCCACGGCCCGGCUGCUGCGAAAGGGACAGUGCUCGCUCCUUCUUGUCCUGUCUUUCUGCUGGAUCCUGAACCGGCCUCAACCCCCGCCCGUCCCACAGACCUGGCGCUCCCGUCACUGGGAGGCUUCUGACCUGUGUGCUGAGCAGCGCCUGUGUGUGUGUGUGUGGGGGGGGGCAGCUGCUCCAGGAGGGGCGGCAGGGCCCCCCCCCCCCAGAGCCCAGAGCCGGGCCUCAGCACUGUGUGAGUGGAGGGAGUGUCAGGGUUUUCUCCUCUCCCGCCUCUCCUUGCUUGUCCCCUGCCUCUGCUAACAGAACCGGAGAUAGAACAGUUCUCUGUAAGGUCCUCCUCAUUCCAGAUUUUGAGAUUCUUGGCCUGGGUGGGGCUGGAGAGCGCUCAGUAUGUUCUCCAGGCUGAAGAGUCCCAAUUUGUAUAUCAGUGUUAAGCAGAAAACAAAACACAUUUAGAUGAGAUUUUCAUGGACUAUUUUAAAAAUGUCAUUAAUAUAAAAAAGUUUAUAUUAGCAGUAUUUAAUCAUUCUCACCUGUAAAGAGUAAGAAAAACAGAAGGUAAAUAUUCUUACAGAGAAUAGCAGAGCUUUAUGAUUCAUUUUCAUUUUAAGUCCAUUGUUUUACCAAUGUAUUAAUGUUUAGAGGUCUGUUAUACUAAUGUUAUUUAUUAAUUUUUUUCAUUUCCAUACACAGUUAACUGAAGAGCUUUUUCAAGCACCCAUGUCUGUAAAAAAGAUAUUUUUAAAUAAAGUUUCUUUUGUUGUA